GGAAAAGUAUCGAGCAACACCUUUUAUUGAUUUGCAACAUAGCCUACGAAGAAAAAAAAAAAAGAAACACUAAAAAAUCGUGAGGCUAAUUUCCGACCUUUGCUCGCUGCCAAUAUUUUGAUCGCGGGCAGGAUUAGCAGUUUAACCCGAACACCGGUUGGAGAUCGACUUUCUCUCCUGAUCUCACAGUUUCACACUACCAAGAAAAGCUUUGUCUUUGAUCAGUAUGGUCAAACGCAGUCAUGAUGAGCCCGACGGUGGCUCUCUCAAAAGGCCCAAGGUGGAAGGCGACGAUCAAAUCAAGGAUUUAAUUCAAUGCUGGCAGGAUUUGAAUGCUUCCAUGGAGACCCUCAAAGACUCUGCUCAAACACUGAGCUCACCGACCCUGGCUGCUGACACGGCUUUCUGUGAUCGGCUGGUUUAUUUGAGCGAAAGCCUUCUCAAAUCAAGCCGGGCGCUGGCAUCUCAAAGCCGCGGCGAUCAUGCCAAGCCAAUCAUCUCCUCUGACGACGCAAUCGCAGUGUCUUCACAUGUUUCAUACACGAAGUGGACCUCUGCCGACACUAAAGACGUCCUACCUCCCCUUCCCGAGAUCAAGGAUCCUUCCAUAGAAAAGGCCGCCUUCACUCAUUCAUCCGUGAUUGGCAAUAAACUUAGCGGUGUCCAAUCCUACGAUCGCCUCGAGUGGCUAGGCGAUGCGUAUCUGGAGCUGUUCGCGACUUGCUUCAUUUAUCAGACGUUUCCAGCCUUGUCACAUGGUGCCUCCUCACAGUUGCGAGAAGUGCUCAUAAGGAACGACUCCCUUGCUCAAUGGACACAAGCAUAUGGCUUGGAGAAGAGAGCCAGGCUCCCUCCAGAGUUCGCGGGUCUCAAUCAUAGCGGACAAGCUAUGAUGCAGAAGAAAAGGACCAAGAUUUAUGGUGACCUUUUCGAAGCUUAUGUCGGGGCCAUUAUAGCUUCGGAUCCCGUUCAUGGAACUGACCGCGCAGCAGUCUGGCUCAAGUCGUUGUGGGCGCCGAGGUUAAAGCGCGAAAUUCAUGCGGAAGAAAAGAGACAGCGCUGCUUGGUCGCGAGCACAACUAGCCUAGAAUCCGAUCCCAUCCAGGGGCCGACCGAUAACUACGCUGUUGCAGCACCAAAGCCCAAUCGAUCACCAAAGGAGGCUUUAGCAGCCAUGAUUGUCGUGAAGGGAGUGAAGCUUAGCUACGUUGAUCUUCCUGCUCCCAAAAAGAAGGACAAGAACAACAAUCUACCUCUGUUUGCCGUGGCUGUGGUUUUGGAUGGCUGGGGGGAGUCUGGAUUACAGCUCGGUAUGGGUGUGGCUAAGAACAAGUCAGAGGCAGGCCAUGCCGCAGCACAGAGGGCCAUGGACAACAAGAAACUGAUCACAAAAUACGCGGAAUUAAAACUGGCGUCUCUGUCCUCCAGCGCUUAGAAGGGACAGCGGAGGAACCCCUGCUUACUAGGAAAGGAGAUGGAGAGCAUUCUGUUUAGCACGCAUAGAAAGCCCCGGAGUGCUCUUGAUGGAGAUUCUGAUGCAAACCGCGGUGGGAAACUAGAAAGCACCUAUGCAAUAAUCGCGCUCAUUGUUUUAAGAAAGGUACCUAUGGAUGCACACCCGCGACGGGCGCUGAAUGUCAAAAUUAUGGAAGGUUGAUGUUAUUUUGCUGGUGGACACUUUAUUCCGUGUAACGAAAUGCUAAAUAAUAUCCAUCAUUCAAUCUAACUUUGUGUGGCGUAUCCUGG